UGAUAAAUAAUAAAUAAAACAUUUUCAUAAAUAAAAUAGGAAAUGGGUGAAACUGUCGAAACUUUUGCUGCAUGUUUUGGAGGAGCAAUAAAGUGCAAAAAGCUCAUUUUGGUUUAACUGCUAUCCUGCGCUUCUUGCCUGCUUAACCUACCCUACAGCUCCCAUCCUCUGAAAUUGGGUUCCAUAGAUGAACCAAGCAUUGCAACUAGGUUUUAGAACUUUCAUAAAUCUUUCAAGCUUUCCGGUGGACCCUAGGAAAUUGGGUAUUGGAAGAUUGGCUCCUUUAAGAGGCAAAGUAAUGGGGUCUAAGAGAAGAAGCUUUUCGAAUCCAUCCUCUAUUGCUGACCAAAACAUUGAUAAAAAGCUCAGAGAUGCAAUAGACAACGACAACUACACCAUUUCUGAUAACCCUAUUCUCAAGGAUAUCAAGGAUGAUCCAAGCAAAAUCGAGGCAAUGACGAUUCAACAACUCAGAACGGCAUUGAGGACUGCUGGGAUCCCUCCCAAAGGUUUGAAACGUGAGCUUGUAUCUGCUUUACAGUCUUAUUUGGCCAAGGAAAUAGAUGGUGAAAGUUCUCUUUUAGCAGAUAAACAAGAUCCCUCCAAUUCUGAUAAAAGAAUAUCUAUGAUGAUGGAGACAAAAUCAGUAGAGGACCAAGUUCAGGAUGCUAACUGUUUUUCUAAGGUUUCCGAGGUUCAACAGAGCAGGAGAACUGUAAAACAGUUGCAAAUUAAGGGCAAAACGGUUGAUGUUAAUGCUAAAAUUGUCGCCACUGAGCAGAAGAAAUCUGCUUGUGCUUCAGGUAGGAUGACUUCUCUGACAAAGAAGAAAGCAUCUUCAGAUGUUGAUAGCAAAUAUGUUAGUGCCAAAAAUAGAGUUACUCUUCCUGUAAAUCAAAGUGAACCAUGGACUAUUUUGGCCCAUAAGAAGCCUCAAAAAGGGUGGAUAGCAUAUAAUCCUAGAACCAUGAGACGUUCACUUCCUAUAGAGAAUACAAAGUUUGUCAAGAUUCUUUCGUGGAAUGUCAAUGGGCUUAGAGCAUUGCUGAAACUAGAGGGAUUCUCUGCUAUGGAACUUGCCAAACAGGAAAACUUUGAUGUAUUGUGUUUGCAAGAAACUAAGCUUCAGGAGAAGGAUGUUGAAUCAAUCAAACAGUCUCUUAUAGAAGGAUACGAGAACAGCUUUUGGACUUGCAGCAAUACAAGACUUGGUUAUUCUGGAACAGCAAUAAUAUCUCGGAUAAAGCCACUUUCAGUCAGAUAUGGCCUAGGCAUAUCAGAUCAUGAUAGUGAAGGACGGGUUGUGACAGCAGAGUUCGAUUCUUUUUAUUUAUUAAGUGUCUAUGUUCCUAAUUCUGGUGAUGGCUUGAGAAGGCUGGCAUAUAGGAUUACAGAAUGGGAUCCAUCUCUUGGUAAUUACAUAAAAAUGCAUUUGUUGGAAAAACUUAUGUGCGUCGUAGGAUUCACGAAAGACAACAACAAAUGAUGCUUGAUGGUGUUGGUAAAUUUAUGUUGUUAGGGAUCAAUUUUAUCAUUAUUUUAUUAGUAAAGUAUUAAUCCUUUUAAUUAUAAGUAUUUCUUGCUUUUUUUAAGUAGUCUUUCCUUAGUAGGAUUAUUUCCUUAGCAAGUAUUUCUAUUAAACUAUGUAAUCUCUAUUUAAUAGGUUGUUAACAGAUAAUGAAAACAAGAGAAGAAUAGACUGAUGAAAAGUUACAUAUAUUUCAUCUCUAGAGUUAGUCUAUACAAGUUUAUAUAGUGUGUAAAUAAGGGAAGAGAAUAAAAUAAGAUCCUGAUGUUAGCCCUAAUCCUUAAUAAUUUAUAACGCCCCCUCAACCUUGAGUAUAGAUAUUGAUCAUACUGAGCUUGUUACAUAAAUAGUCAAUCUGAUUCUCAUUUAGUGCGUUUGUAAACAAAUCAAUAAGUUCUCUUGUCUUCACAUAACUCGUGGAGAUUGAAUUGUCUAAAAUUUUCUACCACAUAAAGUGACAAUCAACAUCGAUGUGUUUGGUUCUUUCAUUAAAAAUUUGAUUUGAGGCGAUAUGAAGAGCUAUUUGAUAUCGCAAAAGAGCUUUGCUGGUGACGAAUACACCAACCUAAUUUUAGUUAAUAAAUGUCGUAUCCACAUCAUUUUUACACGUGGAUUGUGCCAGUCCUAUAUUCUAAUUUUGCACUAGACCGAGAUACAACAUUCUGCUUCUUGCUCCUCCAUUAUACUAAGUUUCCACCAACAAAAACACAGUAUCCAGUACUAGACCUUCUAUCUAUCUUAGAUCCGUCCUUAUCAGCAUUUGCAAAACACUCAAUACGGGUAUGCCCAUGAUUGAUGUAUCUUAGAUCCAAUGUCCAGGAGCUCCUUUCAAGUAACAUAAGAUCUGCCCAAGGUUGCCCAAUGUUUGAUUGUGGGUGCGGACAUAAACUGCCUAACAAUACUCACAACAAAUGCGAUACUCGAGUGAGUUAAGUGAGAUAAUUUAAUUUCCUAGCUAUCCUCCUUUACCUCUUAGGGUCAUCAAAGAAAUCACCUUUAUCCUUUGUAAGAUGCACCAUUAGGAACCAUUGGAGUACUACAUGGUUUAGUUGUCAACUUUUUAGUUUCUGCCAAUAGAUUAAAAACAUACUUUCUCUGAGACAGAAAAAUUCAUUUCUUGCUUCUCAAAAAAAUACUUCAAUUGACCUAAAAAAUACUUCAAUUGACCCAAGUCUUUCGUGUGAAACCUGGUAUGCAAGAAAGACAUUAGAGAAGAGAUCCCUACAUCAUCUAUUGUAAUAGCAAUAACAACGUAUACUACAAGAAAAAUAACUCCAGCCUUAGAUCAUUUAUAAAAUAUUGAAUGAUCACAACUACUUUUCUUCAAGCCCAAACUGUUGAACUACCUCAUUGAACUUUCCAAACUAGGCACGAGGACUUUGUUUCAGUCCAUAAAGGGACUUCUUAAGAUGACAGACCUUUCUAUACUGCCGCUAAGCAAAAAACCCAUGAAGAAAGCAUUCUUGAAAUCUAAUUGGUGUAAAGGCCAAUUAUGAAAAGCAACAGGUGAGAUAAAUAGACGAACAAAGGUGAGUUUUGCCAUUGGAGAGGAAGGAUCUGAAUAAUUCACCCUAUAAAUCUAAGCAUAUCCUUUUAGCAACUAAUCUAGCUUUAAGUUUAGGCACUAAGCCAUUUGGAAUUACCUUAAUGGUGAUUACCCAUUUGCACCCAGCAGCCUGUUUACCAAUAGACAAAUUCACUAGGUUCCAAGUACCAUUUUCAUCUAAUGCAUGUAUUUUCUCCAACAUCGCAUCAUGCCAAUCAAGAUGAUUCAAAGCCUCUCGAAUUAUCUUAGGAAUAGAAACAAAAUCUAGGGAUGCAAAUAAAGAGCAAGGAGACAAAUGAACUUAAGUAAUCGAUGGCCUUGUCGGAGUAGGAGUUGGAGAAGUAGUGACAGUGCAAAUUAACCAAUCAUCUUCCUCCCCUUGUUUCGAAAGAUUUGAAAUGCAACAUUGAUAAACACCAAAUAUUUGUUAAGAUCUGGAGUGUAACAUCUAUAUCCCUUUUGAAGGCGAGAA